GCCUCUCGGGGCAACCGUCGGUAAACUGCUGAUAACGGCAUUCUCGAAAGAGAACGCAACAACGACCGUUAGCGCGGCCAGCCAACGCCUUUCGCUGUCCUCAUAGUUGUUUCCGGUGCCGUCUGUCAUUAGUGUCGUACACCGAAGGAUUUGUGACUGGAAAGCCUCUGCGUUCCAACGUGUCAGGCAUGGGUUACGCCGUAGCGUCCGUUAUUCUAGGUCUUCUCGCAAGCGUAUCUCAGGUACAUUGCCAAGGAGCUGGGGGAUAUGACUUCAACGCCCAGAGUCAGGGAGAACACUCAGGUCAACUGUCUCCACUGCAAGUAGCUGGAGUGUCUAUGGUCGUGGUGGCCUGCUUGGGGGCAACAGCGGUUGCUGCUUUCUUCUGCUACUAUGUCUACCGCAAGAAGAAUGACGUCAUAACAAUGCCACGCUACUGAUCCCUGCUGAUGGCCAAACGGCGUCUUUCUCCUUUUUGUACAUACUCCUUCGUGCCACCAGGUUUCGAACGCAUACUGUUCCGUCCAGGCGCCACACGUUACUCACAUCCACGCCGCCUCAUCAGCGCUUUUUGCACUCUUUGACUUUGCGACAAUAAAACGAGCCAUUCAUGCGAGAG